AUGAAACAAUCAAGACUGAGACACACUGAUACCAUACUCCUCAAUUCCAAUUCUUUUUGUACUUCAAACGACUUCAACGAGCCAGCAUCUGGAACUCAUCCUCAAUAUAUUCCGCCGUGGACAGAGCCCUAUAUUAUAGGUGUUGCCGGAACUUCGGGGUCUGGUAAGACCAGUGUUGCUAAGCAUAUUGUGAAGGCGAUCAAUCAACCCUGGACAGUUGUAUUGUCUCUGGAUAACUUCUACAAGGUAUUGACCCCGGAGCAACAUAUUUUGGCGGAGCAUGCGCAGUAUGAUCUUGAUUCGCCAACCGCUUUGGAUUUUGAUUUAAUGCUUCGUUGUAUUGGAGACCUUAAAACUGGAAAACCAACGCAACUGCCGGUGUAUGACUUUUGCACCCAUUCCCGUACAGAAAAGACUACAACGAUUUAUGGAGCAUCUGUCAUUGUGGUUGAAGGUUUGUUGGCACUCCAUCAUGGACAAUUACUGGAUUUAAUGGAUACAAAAGUUUUUGUGGAUACUGAUCUAGAUAUAUGCAUGGCUCGAAGGGUUAAAAGAGACCUGAUUGAAAGGGGUAGAGAUUUGGAAGGCAUCCUUGACCAGUGGGAUCGACAUGUGAAGCCUAACACAAUUCGGUAUGUGAUCCCCAGCUCCAAGAAUGCGGAUUUGAUCCUACCUCGCAGCACUGAUAAUAAAAUUGCACUUGAUAUGAUUAUUCGCCAUAUCAAUAACCAGUUGGAACAAAAGUCAUUGGUUCACCUGAAAAGACUUCAAGAGCUGGGGCAGAUAUCUAACGAUGAGACUCUCAUGAACCGGAUAGCACGUUUGCCGCUAACAAAUCAGUUAAAAUGUAUAAGUACCAUUCUUUUUGACAGAGAAACUUCUCGUACAGAGUUCAUCUUUUACUUUGAUCGGGUUGCUAACAUGCUGAUCCAUCUGGCAUUGGAACAGGUAGAGUUCGGACCCUCGCAAGAUGAGGUAUUGACCCCGCAAUACCAUUGCCUAACUGAUGCGAUACGACCGUUACAAUCGGUUGUCGUUGUGACUAUGGUACGGACAGGUGAUGUAUUUAUGAAUUCAAUCAGAAAAACUAUUCCAGAUGUAAGAGUUGGUAAGUUGCUAAUUCAAUCAGACCUAAUUACAGGCGAACCUCAAUUGCAUACAAAGUCGCUGCCUCCAUGUGAACAAACUACCAAGCUACUAUUAUUCGAUGCGCACAUUAUAUCGGGGGCCGCAGCAAUUAUGGGCAUUCAAGUACUUCUGGACCAUGGUAUUGAAGAAGGUAAUAUCGUGAUUGUAAGUUAUCUUGCAGAAGAAGCUGGCCUACGUCGCAUACUGAACGCUUUCCAAAAGGUUACUAUUAUCGUAGGCUUAUCCUCUGGGAGGAUGACCUCAUUAUUGAAAGAGCCAAUGUUUCGUACACGGUUCAUCGACGAUUACUACUUCGGCAGUACGUAG